UAAAAUUGUACUAGUUUUUAUGAAUAAAACAAAAGUUUAUAAUAGAGAAAGACUGAUAGAAGCAGUGGCUAAACGACCACCCGGUAUACCCUUAGUAACCGUAUCAAAUCAUCAUUCAUGCUUUGAUGAUCCCGGUCUUUGGGGUGUUUUGCCAGUGCGUUACGUGUGUAAUUCCUUUAAAAUUAGAUGGUCUAUGGCAGCCCAUGAUAUUUGUUUUACAAAUAAAUAUCAUUCAACAUUUUUUAUGUUUGGUAAAUGCAUUCCCGUAAUACGUGGCCAAGGUGUCUAUCAAGAUGCUGUUGAUAUUUGUGUACAAAAAGUAAAAUUAGGACACUGGGUACAUGUGUUUCCCGAGGGUAAAGUGAAUAUGACUAAAGAAGAAAUGCGCCUGAAAUGGGGUGUUGGUCGUAUUAUCUAUGAAUCUUCCAAAGUGCCUAUAAUAAUACCCAUGUGGCAUGAGGGCAUGGAUGAUGUGCUGCCAAAUGUAGAACCCUAUAUACUUAAAUGGGGCAAGAGAGUAACGGUGAAUAUUGGUAAACCGAUUGAUAUGAAUGAUUUUAUAAAUGAUUUAAAAAGUAGAAAUGUUCCUGAACCGGAGGCUAGAAAAUUAAUAACUGAUAAAAUACAAGAAGUAUUUCAUAAUUUACGCUUAGAAACCGAAGAGCUUCAUAAAAAACACAAAUAGAAUUUUAUGUAAAUUGUUGUUUGUAUCUUUUUCUUUUGAUUUUGACUUUUUUUCUCAUUAAUAAUAAGAAAAACAAUCUAUAGUAUAUUUAUAUAUAUAUUCUUGAUAUAAAAUCUGUUGAUUUUUGGUUUUAAAUUAAGCAUUUGUUAAUUUAUUGCCUUUUUAAUGUUUUACUUUAAAGUGGAAAAUAUCGUGUAAAUUUGAUACAAAAGAUAAUUGAUUGAAUAUUUUCAUUUUUUAAGUAAUAAGCUUACUGUGAAGAUACAUUUUGUCGUGUUAUUUAUUGAGAAGAUGAAAACGGCAAAUGAGUCCUAAAUAAAUAAAUUGUAUAUAUUUAAAA